AUGACAGCACCCUCUCAGCCAUAUUUUUUACCUGGUUACACAGGUUGGACUCCCUUAACAGGACCCAAGCGACACUUUGUGAUUGGAGAAACCUAUGGUCACUAUACUCAUGAUUUGUUACAUGGUCAUCGUGUGGGUGGAGGACGACUGAAUCCCGUGACUGAAGACAUUCGAUUCAUCAAUACAUUCCCCUACCCACCUCACCAAGAUCCUAGAUUCUUUCUAGACAAUCCUCACAAGCCUUUAGAUCCUUACUUUAUGCCAGGCUACACAGGGUGGACGCCAGGAUCUGCAAUAAAGAGAACAAACGCUAUAGGUGACACAUAUGGUAGGAUGACCCAUACUCUCUUGGCGAAGCAUCGUGUUGGUGGAGAUCGUUUGAGGCCAGUGAAUGAACAGCCAAGAGAAUAUGUCCUCGAAGAGGAAGAAGUAAAAUUUUAUUGCAAUAAACACGAAGUUACUGGAAAUGAAGUGAGGAGAAGAUUUAACAUGGUGCCAGGAUACACUGGGCAUGUGCCUAGGGCUCAAUUUAGGUAUGGGAAAACGAGAAAUAAGACUGGCAGGGAAGGGACGGCUGAUUUCGAAAGGAUUAUGGAGAGAAAAACUGCAAUGGCUUGCUGA